AUGGAUGGUAAAGAUGAGAAACCGCUCUAUCCCUUCUACAAGGUCAACAUCCAUGAGGCCCGGGCAGCUGCCCUUGUGGCCCGGACGUUUCCUCUCCUCGUCUUCAUGACUGUUGUCGGUUUGUUGAUCUUCGGCGUCUUUUGGAAUCCCUUCAUACUUCUCACGGUCACGGCCACCCUCAAUGUGGCGAUGUGGCUGUGGGUUGUCUCCACUGCUGUCUAUUGCAUGCUCGGCGUUGAUGCAACUGAGGAAGAGCUCCGGAAGAAGGAGGCCGGCGAUAGCUCCAGCCCUGUUGAUUCGGAAAGCCAGGAUAAUGUGCGGCACACCAUCGUGCUUCCGAACUACAAGGAGGACGAGAGCAUCUUGGAGACCACGCUGGAAAGCCUGGGUGAGGCCCGUGGCUCUCGUGGUUUUAUCGUAGUGCUGGCCAUGGAGGCAAGAGAAGCUGAAGCCCGAGAAAAGGCUGCCAAAAUGGAGGUCAAGUUCAAGGACAAGUUCUUCAAGAUGUUCUCGACUCAUCAUCCGGCGGGCCUGAAGGAAGAACAUCUGGACGGAAGCGAGGAUCCAGAGUUGAAGGGCAAGGCGUCCAACGUCAAAUGGGCGGUGCAGCAGGUGUGCAAGGAGCUGACCAUUUCUGACAGAGAUGUCCUCACUGUGUGCGACGCCGAUGUCAUAAUGCAUCCAAACUACUUCGAGCACAUUAGCUCGGAGUUCGUGAAGUUGAAGGAGGACAAAAGCCACUUGCACACCAUGUGGCAGGCCCCUCAGUUGCCGUGGCGAAACUUCUACGAAAGUCCAGUCGUUUCGCGUGUUUGGGGGUACAUCAGCUCUCUGUGGGAGUUUGGGGGCGUCAGCGGAGUGCUUUAUGGGGCGCACCAUAUGGUCUUCAGUGCAUACAGCUUGCCUCUUGAGCUCGCAAGAGAUGUCGGUUGUUGGGAUGGAGAUGUCAUCGCAGAGGACCACCAUGCUUUUCUGAAAGCUUGGUUCUACAGCGCUUACAAGAUGUCUCAGAGCACGGAGGAGGAUGCCUGCCCCCAGUUGGUUCGAGUGAAGCCUGUGAUGUUACCGGCCAAGUCGACGUCCGUGAACUCGUCAGAGUCAUAUUGGAAGUCCUGGGAAGAACGCUGGCAGCAGGCCAAGCGGCACGCACAAGGCGUAGCCGAAGUUUCCUAUGCUGCACUGGCGGCUUGGGAUAUGCUGCAGAACGUGCCCGUGACCUCUUUCGGAGUGCAGUUCCUGUGGAUGCUUUUCAAGGUGGUGUUCAAGCCAGUCAUGAUGCACCUGGUGGCCACGACGCAAGCGAUUGCACUAGCCGUUCUCACCGUCUAUUGGGUGGCACGUGGCUAUCAAGUUCCUUGGUGCCCCGACGAGCUGGUUGUGACGCAGCUCAUGUCAUCAGGUGACACGCUGCUGUGUGGAUUGGCUGGGGCAUGGGUGCUAACCUGGCCCAUUGUGAUUCCGUUCGCCAUGUUGAUGGUUUCAAACUACAUGAUGCUGCGAAAGUGCUUCCUGACGCCGGGAGAGCAGGAGAAGAAGCUAAUCUGGCACAAGGAAGAUGGCGGCGUCGUCCCUUUUGAUAGCUGGUGGCUCGGACCUCUUCGAGGCUCCAAGUCCUUUACGUUGGCAGCGGUUCUGGUAUUUGACUGUGUUUUCUGUCUUGGCCCCAUCAUGGCUGUCUAUGGGGUCGUCGUGGAGAUUCUCGCGUACUGGAACGUUUUCCUGCGGGGCAACCAUUUCGAGUAUGUCACUGCAAGCAAAGCAUUGGACCGCAAGUCCCCGUACGGCGCCGUAGAGUGCGCCAAGGCGCCGGCAGCUCUUGGAAACGAGUAUCCUGACUGCCAGCCUGAAGCAGAACCCAAUGAGAGCGAGCAAACGAACGGGAGCUGA